AGCGAGUUUCUGUUCCACAUAUUUCCAAUCUUCUUCAUCAGCAAUGGCGCUCAAGGUUCUUUCGACCCUCGACGCUGCGAGAACCCAGUACUACCACUUCAAAGCCAUCAUCAUCGCUGGCAUGGGCCUCUUCACCGAUGCUUACGAUUUCUUUUGUAUUAUCCCGGUCAUGAAAUUAAUCGGAAGGAUCUACUACCAUGACCCAGCUGAACACCAAAAGCUGCCCUUCGUGGUCACUAUGGUCGUUGCAGUUGCUUUCAUAGGGACGAUGAUCGGCCAGGUCGUCUUUGGUAUUCUCGGCGAUCGGAUUGGGAGGAAACGAGUGUAUGGACUCGCGCUCACUAUUAUGGUGUCAAGCUCUAUCGGGUGUGGCUUCUCCAUUUGCCGGACAAGGAAAUGCAUGAUAACCAGUCUCUGCUUCUUCCGGUUCUUGCUCGGAGUUGGCAUCGGAGGAGACUACCCGCUCUCCGCCACGAUCAUGUCGGAAUUCGCCAAUAAGGUAACGCGUGGCUCGUUUAUAGCCGCUGUGUUCUCGAUGCAGGGCUUCGGUAUCCUCGUUAGCGCUGCCGUUACAAUGGCCGUUCUCGCCAUCUUUGAUCGUACGUCCAGCGCCUCGAAGGACCGAACGCCGGAGGUAGCAGAUCUAGCCUGGUGAUUGAUUCUGAUGUUUGGUGCAAUUCCGGCCGCGUUGACUUACUAUUGGCGAAUGAUGAUGCCAGAAACUGCCCGGUAUGCAUGUUUGGUGGAGCAAAACAUUCGAAAAGCAGUGAAGGACAUGGGGAAGGUCCUAGAUGUGCCUGUGAAUCAGAUGGAAGAAGAAUCGAGGUGCUACCAAAUCCACCCAUCUUAUAGGCUUAUCUCUAAGCAAUUCUUUCGCCUCCAUGGCCGAGAUCUCUUUGCUUGUACCACCGCAUGGUUCCUUGUCGAUAUUGCCUUCUACAGUAUCAACCUCUUCCAGUCGAAGAUUUGUAAGCAAUACCUCCCAAAUCGCAUCUCUGUGAAUGCCUAUCAAGAGGCCUUCCAUGUAGCUCGAUUUCAGGCAAUAAUUGCAGUUUGUUCGACGAUUCCUGGGUACUGGGUCACUGUGUUCUUCAUCGAUCGCAUUGGGCGAGUCAAAAUCCAAAUCCUAGGCUUCUUCUGUAUGGCCAUUUGCUUAUUUGCUAUCGCGGUUCCUUACAAUAAGUAUUGGGAUAAGCAUACCAAUAUGGGGUUCUUAAUUCUCUAUGGAUUAAUACUUUUCUUCGCAAACUUUGGGCCAAACACAACUACCUUCAUUGUGCCUGCAGAGCUUUUUCCGGCAAGGUUUCGGUCCACAUGUCAUGGAAUCUCUGGGGCUGCCGGCAAGUUGGGAGCAAUUAUUGGAUCGGUGGGGUUCUUAUGGGCUUCUCAAGAUGGAAACGAUCCUGAGUUCGGCAAAUACAAAGGGAUUGGGAUGACAAGCUCAUUGAUGAUUCUUGGUGGGACUUGUUUUAUGGGCGCCAUCUUCACCUAUUUGUUCACACCUGAAACCAUGAGAACAUCAUUAGAGGAUAACGAGAAUGCACAGAGAACCAAUUCAAGUGAGCUUUCUCAUCCACGUCCCGGUAGUGCUGUUGCUCAGAAUGAGGAAGUUGAUGAGAUGCUGAAUGCAUGUUGUGACGGUGUGCUCUAUGAGUGAGGAGAUUCACAUUCACACAUGAACGACAACACUUGACACCCAUUAACCCAUCGUAUUUGUACAUAAGGCUCAAGUUUGG